AUGUCUUCUAUUACGACCAGCAUUUUGUCGACGGCCACUGCAUUGGCUGCUUCUCCAACACCCUCCGGUGACAGCGGCGGUAACGUCCGUGUCACGAACUUAAACACAUACUAUGAUACAGGAAACAUCAGCUUUAUGCUGUGUUGCACUGCCUUGUGUCUGUUUAUGGUUCCAGGUGUCGCCUUUUUCUAUUCAGGCCUGGCAAGACGGAAAAACACACUGGCGCUUAUUAUGCUGUCCGUGAGUAGCAUGUGUAUUUCCUUUUUCCAGUGGUACUUUUGGGGCUAUUCACUUGCAUUUUCCACGACCGGUUCCGGUCGUUCGGGUUUCAUCGGAAACCUGUGGCAUUUUUGCUUCGUUCACACGUUGGCCGAUUACUCCCCGGACAGCAACAAUGUGUCAGAACUGCUUUUCGCCAAUUUUCAAGGCAUGUUUGCGGCUAUUACAGUUGCUUUGUUCACUGGAGCAGCAGCUGAGCGUGGUCGUAUAGCUCCUAUGCUUGUGAUCUGCUUCUUCUGGCUUACUAUAGUUUACUGUCCACUUGCUUACUGGGUUUGGAAUCCGUACGGCUGGGCUGCUAAAUGGGGUGUUUACGACUUUGCUGGCGGUGGUCCUGUGGAGGCAGGAUCCGGUUUUGCUGCCUUAGCGUAUACCGUGUACUUGGGCCGUCGAAAGGAUCACAUUGAAGAACAUUUCCGUCCGCACUCCGUCCUGAACGUCGUGCUUGGCACUUCCAUUUUAUGGUUUGGCUGGCUCGGAUUCAACGGCGGCAGCGCGUACGGCGCAAACUUGCGUGCUGUUGUCGCUGUGACAAACACAAACAUUUGUGCUGCUGUCGCAGCUACUACUUGGGUGCUUUAUGAUUUUAUUUUCCGUACACGAAAAUGGUCUAUGAUUGGCUUUUGUUCGGGUGCAGUUGCUGGUUUGGUUGCGGCCACGCCCACUUGUGGCUUUGUGAGUCCUCAUGCUUCUUUGGCCAUUGGUUUCAUUACAGGUCUUGUGUGUAACUGGGCCAUUAAGCUCAAGGUUCAUCUUCGUAUUGACGACGCCAUGGACAUUUUCGCCAUUCACGGUAUGGCCGGUAUUCUUGGAACCGUUUUCAACGGUUUCUUUGCAGUUGACUAUAUUGCUGCUAUGGAUGGUAUCACUAUGGGUGAUAAUGCUAUCAAGGGUGGUUGGUUCAAUAAGCAUUGGAAACAGCUGGGCAUCCAAAUUGGAUAUGUCGCGGCCGUGUGUUGUUACGACUUUGUUGUUACGUUCAUCAUUAUUGUGAUUGCCGAUCACAUUCCAUGUCUUAAUGUUCGUGUGACACCAGACGCGGAGUUGAUUGGUGUCGAUGCCGACCAAAUUGGUGAGUAUGCUUUUGAUUAUAUUGAAGCUCGCAGAGAGUACAAGCAAUGGAAGAUUUCACCUGCUGGUGUGUCUACAGACAACAUUCUUGUUUCUCACGGAAUUGACGUAACAAACGGGGUUCCAGGAAAUAUUGCAUCUAAAGAGAAAGACAUGCCAGUAGAUUCUGCACCCGUUGUCUAG